AUGGCGGACGUCGAAGCAGCCGAAGAUGUGGAAUCCAACGCAGACGAGGAAGCCGCCGAAGACGCGGAAGCUGACCGAGACGUGGAAGCCACCGAAGACGAGCUACUAACAGUAUGGCUAGGAAACAAUCCAACCGAUCUGCUCUUGCUAGAUGAUGGCGGACCGACGGACGACACUAUCGAUGGUACCUCAGUGCGAGACGCCGACGACGAUCCGCCCGAGACAUGA